AAGAAAAAUAUUAUGGCAAUAAAAUUGUACACUGAAUGUAUAAUUAAUGUCCAAUAUGAUGGGUUUAUCUUCAUCCAGAAUCGACUCAGUAAGAGCCAUAUUCUGUAUUCUAGCCUACAGCUCCGAACUGGAGUUCCCUUGAUCAUUGCAGUGGGCCAUUGCCUUGGGGGACGACAGGAGUCGAAACUGUCGGUAGUCCAGACCAAUAUGGACUACUGAACUAUUUAUAUUGAUAAAGCUGAGUUCAGGCCUUUCUAGCAUACUCGCGAAGACUAAAGAUCAGUAUUACCAAAGUUGGAUUUUUAAAAUUGGUGCGUUGUGACCGCGAAAUCGGUUUUCUAAUGAAACCCCGUUAACAACUCUACUAAAGACACAUCUCUCUUCUCGUCCUACUAAAUAAACCCAGUUCCCAAGAGACCAGGUUCUGCUGUACGCCAAGAGCAGGCCGGCGCGGGGACGAGGAAAGUGAACGGCCCGAUAUCCCCGCGCGCCAUUUUAAGCGCAAAUCUCGCGUCCUUCUGUUCAAGAUUGUUGUCACACAAAGUACUCUCUUUGUUAAAAUAGCAGGAAUAGGAGGCGAAACGUUUUGUAUUCACUCUCUUGAAUGCCAUAAUAGGCAUACCAAGGUAGUAACACUCAACCGACCCACCCCACCCUCAACAGAUACGCAGUCUAAUUCUUCCAGGCGCGCCCAAACUCUCGUAUGAGGGAAAAACCACUAAUUUUCUCGCCCCCUUACUUUUUCCCUCCUGAAGCGCGUGCGUGCAACGCCCGCUGCGACAAGAGGGGUGUGGAGUCGGCGGACGGCAGCAGCUUUGGCUGGGCCCGGAACGAGAGGGGAGUUUAAUUAGGGCAACCUGGCUUGGUUUUUAAGGUGGUAAUUGAGUUUGGGGGAUGGGGGUGGAAGGAAAUUAUCUGUGGUUCCUGUGGUUAGGGGACUUCUCAAUACAGCUUUUUGCAUUGUUCGCUUUACAGUAAUUCAAAUAAUGUUCCUUCGGAUUUAUUGACGGCGCGGUGCGCAAAAGUUGCGAAUUGGGGAAUCUGCGUAGGCAGUAGAGAAGUGGCCUCUCCGCUUUCUUCUGGAGAAGAGUCUACGCAAACUCGGCUACUUUUCAGCAUCUGGACAGACAUCCUCCCAGUUGUCUUAAAGCCUUCAGUAUCUCAUAAAUUAAGAGGAUAGAAGCAGGCUCUGUUUUUUGAAGACAACAUAUUUAUCUCUCUUUCUCCUAAUUCCCUCCUUUCCCCCUUUCAGUUAUAGCAUCCCCCAAAAAGAAACUGGGUUAAUGUAUAGUGUCUUUACUUGAAUGGCUUUCUUAAUGCUGUCUUUAAAUGUUUAUUUCUUCUUUUACAAAAACGAACUAAAACAAUUAAGGUUGAGCUUAUUUGGAAACAAAACCACUAGCAAUUCUUAUAUUGUAAUUAUGUUGACCAAAGAAUUUAAGUCUAUAGUUUUGGUGAGCCAUAGCUGAAUGCAGGAAGCUCACAAUUGGCUUCCUGAAAAGCUCAUUUGUUUCUAAGGUUUUACCAGCACAUUUUGCCUAUUCUGUUGCCUAAAAUUAAUUCAGAUAUAUUAGAAAAUUAAUCCAUAGUGCAUUUAAUUUUGUUUGUUACUAGAAGUUGGGAUGGAAACCGGAAUUGAACAGACAACAUCUCUGAUAGAUAACUAAAAAAAAUGAGAGUAGGGACAGUGACCAAUUGUUCUCUUUGCUGUUUCCAGUAAAAUCUCAUAAUUUAAGUAAGCAAUACAUUCCUACUUCUGAAACAGUCAUAAAAGAUAAGGAUCAGCAGAACAGGAAUUUUGUCUCUGAGGAAAGAGAGAAGAGAAGUUGCCAUAAUAUAGACAUUAUGCCAGUCAGCUGUGACUACAUUCUAAACAUUAAAUUGGAAGAUGAGGUUUUGAUAAAAGGAAGAGAAUCAAAGAAGAGAGUAUCAAGUGUGAUGAAAAGGGAACAUGAUGUUGCUUUGCAAAAUACACUGCAAUCAGAGGGUAGGAAAAGAAAGCGUAGGAGUUCUUCAUUGGAAGUGGGAUCUCAAGGAGACAUUGUCAUAGAAAAAAUAUAUACUAGUUCUUUACUAGAACAUGAAGAAAAAUUCCUAAGUUUCACAAAAAAUGCAAAGAAUUUAAAGAAAAAAUGCAAACAUUCCUUGAUAAUGAGAGGAUUACACAAGGAAAUGGAAACUGUAACUGAAAAGGAUGAGACUUCAAUAAUAAUUAAUUUAGGCUCUGAAAAAGUAUCAGGAAACCUGCAAAAAAGCCACAGCCAUUUAGCCUCAGAAUCAAAACUUCAGCAUAAAACACGGAAUUUUAGGAAGAGAAUUAAACCAAUUUGGCCAGAACAAAAGCAGAACAGAAGUCAAAAAGUAAAAAGAAACAUAACUGAGAAGCAUGGUAAUUCAGUAAUGAUAGAUUUAGGGUCUGAAAAAGCAUCGGAAAACCUGCAGAAAAGCUGUAGCUGCAUAGUCUCACAAUUGCGACUUCAGCAGAAAACAUGGACUUUUAGGGAGAGGAUUAAACCAGCUUGGCCAGAACAAAAGCAGGACAGAAGUCAGAGAAUAAAGAGAGGCAUAUGUAAGUUAGAAUGUAUCAUACAGAACAUAAGUGUAUUAAAAUAUAGAGAACAUUUCCCAAAAUUGCAGGUAUAUGUAAAGUACCCAGAUAGUGUGAGGUCAGCUGCUGUGACACAUUUUUCAAGUAACUAUAUAGAAGGAUUAGAGAGUCUAAUGAAAAAUGCCAUGGUGAAUUUUGUAAAACAAAAAGAACUGACUGUCACAAAAUUGCAGAAGAGUAUAAAAGCUUCAAAUAGACAUAGGCAAGAUUUAUUAGAUUCUAUAGCAGACUUUGAAGAAAAUAAAUGCAGAAAUAAUGUAAAAGAAAUAAAUAGGAUAGUAAUACAAAUAUUUUCAAAAUCAAAAAUAUAUACAAGUGAUGGUGAAAAACAAAGUUGGAAGUCCAAAAGAAGUGUUACAGACAUUGUGGAAUAUAUUUCAAAGAAGAAAAUAACUAAAAAACAAAUGGAUUGUGUACCUAAAAAGAAGCUGUUGUUUACCAAAACAGGGAACUGGUAAGGAAGAGACAGAUGGAAAGGAUGAAAUUGUGUCUUCAACUGAUCUUAAAAAAGAAAUCAAAACAUUUAGUAAGGAUGCUUAUUCCCUUUUCAUCUGAAUAUAUGUCUUAUGACUAGAGUUGAUUUUCUUUUUUCGGAUCUAUUACUGCCUGCUUGAAUCUAAAUUUAAAAACUUUAAAAUGACUUUCAAAUUAAAAUUGGGAUAGUAUAACUAGUAAAAAAUUAAGUUUGGUUACAUUUGCAAUUGAAGUUAAAACAUUUUACAAUUUUAAACUUUCUCCAAGAAAUGUUAGUCAAAGCUCCAUGCUUGAAAGCAGGCAUUUGAAACCGAGUCUCCUUCAAGUAGAUCUGAUUCCUGUUAAUUUAAUGUCCAUGUCCAUGCUGUUUCUUAAAAUUUGGGAGUGAUUUCUGUUUUGGAUGGAUUUUUAAAAAUAUUUCUCAGUUUAGCCAACCACUUUAGUAUUUCAUGAUGAUCUCUCACCCAACUACAACUAUAAUUAGGUCUGACCUGGUUUAGCUUUUUCAAGAUCACAUAGGACUUCUGUCUAUCUAGACACUAAUUCUUUAUAUAUAGAAUGAAUAAUCAUGUCUGGGCACACUUGUACUGGGCACACUAGUACAGUUUGUAUAAAGCUGCUUCUUUUAUAUUUUGGCUGGAAAAUACAAACACUUCUAAAAACUAAAGUAGUAAAAUGGCUUGGGGAACUGCAACAGUUCCUAAAAUAAUAAAUUUGAUUUGAUUGAAAAGAUUACCAUUGAAAGGAGUGUAGUUAGAACUGAAACUUCAAUAGCUUUUAUUAAUUCUCUUAAAGGUAUCUUUUUUGGAGUCUGCUGCAUUUUACACUAAAUUAAUGCUAUAUUAUAAUUAAAAUUCCCUUGUGUAGCAUGCAUAUAUGCUUGCAUAAUUAUUUAUUUUAAUGUUUAAAUUACUUUAUUAAAUAAACAUAUGUAAUAACCAUAUUACUAUACAGAUAAUCCUUGACUUAACUAUCCGUUGCUUAACAAGUGUUUAAUAUGACAGACUUUCCUAGAGAUAUUUAUGACCCAUCUUUACAGUUAAUUGCAGCAUUGUGUGGUCAUAUGGCCACAAUUUGUUACUUUUUUGUCAGUUUUCAGCAAAAAAAACUCAGGGAAAAUAGAUACUUGAAAAAAACCCACUGCAUUCACUUAAUGGCCAUUAUAAAAAUUGCUCUUAUCUUCAAAUCUAGACAUGUGUUCUCUUGAUUUACCAUUGUAAUUCCAGACUCAAUUACAGUUAUACGUUGAAGACUAUCUGUACUAAUUAAAAUAGGACCUAGAAUAAAUUUAGAUGAUACAAGAUAAGUUUCUGUCUCUAAUGAUGUUUUGUAGAAUAUGUAUUUAUAAAUACCUUUUUUAUAGUGAAGUAUUAUGUUGUACUUGAGAAUAUAUUAAAUAUAUUAAUGAUUAUUUGUUUUUUUAAUCAGGAGAAGAUACCCUUGACAUUUUAAGUAGACAAUAUGGAAGGCUGCCAUAUACAAUUCUGAAUACUUUAAAGAACUGCAAUAUAGAGACAGCAUUAGAACAGUCUGCAUGUCUACUAAUAACUGAGGCAGAUGUGAUCAAGAACAAAAAUUCUGUUAAACUUUGUUUUUGGAAGCAGACUAAAAACUAUUGUAACACUACUUUUUCUAUCACAAAUACAGCAUAUCCAGAAAAUUUUGACAUAAGAAUACUUGAAAAGAAAAUUGAAAAAAGUGCAUUGGUGAAGUAUCAGAAUGAAAGAUUUGAAUGGCUUCCUAUGUAUAAUUUUCCGCCCUGCAAAAAGAGUCUAGUAGUAAAAUCAUUUGAUCGUUGUAAGACGUUAUUACAAUCUACAGGUAUCAAGCCUCAAAGCUAUAAAAUUAAUUGUGGAUUUCUGUAUACUGCAUUUGAUCAAGGAAAAUCCCUAUCUUCUAAGGGUAUGGGACAGAAAGAACUUAGUAGUAUCCUUAAUGUAAUACAUGAUAUAAUCACACAAAAAGACAUUUUGGUUUCAAGAGAAAUGUUCCAACAUACUAAAAGUCAACAUGGAAAGCGAAUCAAGAAAAAUAAAUUGUCCAUGGAUUUUAAAAAGCCAAGCAAAAAGCUAAAAAUGCCAGAGAACCUAGAAGAAUCAUCAGUCAUGAAAGUUCUCGUAAAUGAGGAUUUUUCCACAGAACAU